UUCGUUACCUUUCGUUAGUACUUCGUUCGUUCCGACUUUAGGUUCGUUUCGAGGGGGUUGGUUGGGUUCGUUUACUUUCAAAUGUACAAACAUUAACGUUGAUUGUUGUCUGUUGAUUAUUAUCAUUUGAUUAUAAUUAAUUGUUGGUUGGUGUUUAUUUAAAAGGUUUAAACAAAUCAAUCCAACUAUUCAAUUGUUGUUUAACUUUCAAAAUGUUAACAUUACCCUCGGUUAAAUUGUUCAAAAUACUUUCACUUAAUUUGGUGAUCCUUUUACUGUUAACAAUUAAUAAAUCAAAUGUUAAUGGAAAAGUGUUAACUCAAGUAGAGAAACAUCAUCAUCAUGAUCAUCAACAUAGACAUCAUCAUCAUCGUCAGUCAUCAAAUGAUCAACAACAAUCAAGAUCAUCAUCAUCACCAUCAACUCCAUCACCAUCAACAACAAUAACAACAACAGAAUCAACAACGACAACAAUUAAACCAAAUUUCUAUGUAGGUAUUGGACCUUGGAUUAAGCAUGAAGAAAUUACAUCAACCACAACUGAAUCAACACCGAUAACAAUAAAAAAAAGAGUUAACAAUCAACUUAAAUCAUCUUCAAGUCAAGAAUCAAUUUUAAUUCGUUCUAACCAACCAACCAGUCAAUCCAAUCCAACAGUUAAUCAUCAUCAUAACAAUAAAAUUAAAUCAUCAACCUCUUCAUCAGUUGAAUAUGGUUUCAAUGAUCAAGAUUAUCCUUAUAUCAUUGGUAAAUCAGGUAAUUCAGAUGAAGGUGAACCUCGAAUGUCCGGAAAGUUGGGAAAAGAUGAAGAUUCUAAUAGUGGUCGAUAUGAGGAUGAAUUUGAGGCUAAAGAAGAUGAAAAAUGGACUCAAGGAGUGAGAGAAUGGGAUAGAGAUGAGUCUCCUCUUUUAACUACAGAACGACCAAUGUUUGGUGCUCGAUCAGGAAGAUCAUCUUCAUCUAAUCCAUCAUCAUCUUUAUCUUCAUCAACAACACCCAAGGGAUCAUCAGAUGAUGAUAAUGAUUCACCCCAUGAAUCUGGUGAUUUUGGAAUCAAAUAUUUCAAUGAUAAAUCAAAUAACAAAGAUGAAGAUAAAUACUAUUCAGCUCGAGAUUAUAAUUUCCGAGAGACUGGUCCAAUGAAAAAAUCAGCUAAUUCCUAUGGAUCAUCACCUUCAGCUUAUUCAUCAUCACGAUCGUCAUCAUCUCGAUCUCGAUCAUCAUCACCGCCUUCAUCUUCAUCUUCAGGCUCAGGUCCAUCAUCUGAAGCUAAUUAUGAUGAUUAUGCUGAUGGAUCGUCGUCUUCAUCGUCAUCAGGAGGUUCUGAAAGUUCAUCACCCAAUGAUUCAGAUGAACCAUCAUCAUCUUCAUACAAUUCAGAUGAGCCAAGUUACUCUAAAAGCUCAGAUGAAAAUGAGAAACAAUCAACUAAAUCAUCAGAUGAGCCAAGUUACAAUUAUAGAGGAAGUGAUGAUUAUCUGUCAUCUAAAUCAUCCUCAUCAUCACCUCCUCCUAAAACUAAUAACGAUGACAAUGAAUCAACUAAUUACUACAAACCAAGUCAAGGAUACGAUGAUUAUACUGAAGGUCAAACCAACAGCGGCAGCAGUGGCAGCGGAAGCGGCAGUGGUGGUGAUAAUGGUGAUAAUGGUAACACCGAUAGUCAAGAUGAUGAAGGUAAACAAAGUGAAUCUGAUGGUGAAUCUGAUAGAGAGACAGGUAAAUAUAAGGAAGAAGAUAUUAAAUAUAAAGAGAAACCAAGAAAAAACAAAGGUAAAUCAUCUUUAUCAUCAUCAUCAUCAUCAUCAUCAUCCCCAACAAAACCACCUUCAGGCUCACCACCAAAAUCAUACCGAAAGAAACAAGAUACAUACAAACCCGAUGAAAGUUAUGAUGAAAAUGAUGAUGAUUCAGGAUCACCUGGUCCAGCUGAUUACAAUAAUAAUUACGGUAAAAGUGAUUAUGAAAAAUCUGAUGAGCCUAAAAGUAACUACGAUGAUCAGGACGAUAAACCAGAGACCAAAAGUCGUUCCAACGAAGAGGAAGAGUUUGAUGCCGCUUUUAAGGAACCACUGACCGGUAGUAAUAUUAAUUUCCAUCAACAAGAAUCAAGAGCAAUCAGCAAUUUCGCCAACAAUAAACAAAACAAAUCAACAACAGCAAUUAUUCAAUCAACGAGAUUGAUUAAACCUAAAUCAGCAUCAGCAUCAUCAUCACAAUCAACACCUUCACCUAACCUGAUGACCACAACUCCACCUACGAAACCAAUUAAACUGACCAACUCGAGAAAUUUCAUCAAACCCAAAAACGGAGCCAAAUCAGUGGUCAGUGCAAGUAUAUUAGUUAACUAAUAGUUGAUUGUGUAAAUAUAAGAAACCAAACAAUUAACUAAAUUGUAAUAUAAACUAUCAAUAUUUCAACAGUAGUUAUGAUAUUUUUUUUUGCUCUUUGUAUCUUUUUUGUAAAUCAAUGAAAAAAAAAUCACCAAAAUAAUUAAAAAUUUAUUUAUAUGAAUGAUUGACAAUUUAAUUGAUAAUCUUUUCUACCAAUUGA